ACAGUCUUCCAAAAUCACACAAUUCAUUGCAUAGAAAGAUCUCAUUGGAUUCCCUUCUAUUUAUAUAUUCAAUUCUACCAUAUCUCUUUGCCAAUUCUUGGGAAUAUUUUAAUUUCCUUUGAAAAUCUAUUCAAUAUUUACCUUUUGCGAAACGAUUAUAAAAGUUGGAAUCCCAAGUAUGUGACUAAUAUAAGUUGUUGAUUUGACUCUGAUAAAAACAUGAGAGAUGUUAUCAAAAGCUUUUUUUUAUCUAAUAAAAAGAUGUCAUCCAAAGUUGGGGCAGAUGAUAACCAUCCACCGGAGCGGCCAUCACUGAUGACCUCACUUCCCGAAGAACUCAUCUUGGAUUGCGUAGCACGUGUACCAAGAUGUUACCAUCCCAUUCUCUCACUCGUUUCAGACGAGUUCCGGUCGUUCGUUACAUCGCCUGUGAUAUACAUGAUACGAUCUCUUUUAGGCAACGAAGACCACAGUCUCUAUGUUGCCAUCUCUAAGAACCAAACCUCUGCUAUACAUUGGUAUACUCUUGUUCGGAAACCCAACAAAAACCAUUGGUUAGUCCCUAUCCCUUCACUCCCUCCCAUGCCUUUACAUGGAAGCUAUGUGGUCUCAGGUUCGAGUAUAUAUGUCAUGGGUGGAUUUCACCACUGGGGGUUGAUCACACCGAGUGUUUCACGUAUCGAUUGUGUAUCUCACACGGUGCAGCCUCUCGCCAGAAUGCCAACGGCGGUCGCGUGUUCGGUCUCCAAACUAGUGGAUGGGAAGAUAUAUGUGAUUGGAGGGUCCGAUACUCGUCCCCGGAAGCUGAAAUCGUCAUCUAAAAAGAUCAUGGUGUUUGAUACUGAAGCACAAACGUGGGGGGUUACGAAAAAAAGGCCAGCUGGUUGGGAUGUGAGCCAGAGGUGGCUUAGUAGCGUGGAGACGGCGGAUAAGAUUUACAUGAGGAGUUAUCAUAACAGCUAUGUGUAUGAACCAAAGAAAGGUACAUGCGCAAUAGACCGGAUCUUGCACUCUAAGGAGUGGUCAAAUUCAUGCGUUUUAGACGAUGUAUUGUACUACUAUGAUGUUCGUAAGAAUUGCUUAAGAGCGUAUGAUCUAAAGGAAAGGGCUUGGGGAGUGGUGAAGGGUGUGGAGUUAGGACUACUUGAGGAUGGUUCAUGGUCAUGCACUGUGAAUUACGGUAGAAAAUUAGCUGUGUUUUUGCAGAAAGUAAUAGCCUUGACUGAGACUACAGAAAUUUGGUGUGCUCAAAUUGUGGUGGAAAGGUACGAAGGAGGAGAAAUUUGGGGAAAGGUAGAGUGGUAUAAUCUCGUGCUUGAUGGAAACGCUUGCAUUAUGAAUUGUCUAGCUGUCAAAAUGUAAUGUGUGUGUGGCGUGUCGACUAUGUAAUGGUACUUUAGUGGUCAUCAUCUCCUAGUGGUUACAGGUUUAUGAUUGUCUUCUUUUUGGUUACCAUGGAACUCACAUAGUGAAAUGUGAAUUCAUAUUCUAGAGAGUAUAUAGUUGGAUCUAGACAAUUAUCAGCGAUAGAUUUGGCUUGUUUGUACUCUAAUGCUUCUAGAUUUUAAUUAAAAGCUUGUUUUGAUGGAUU